AUGCAAGGGUACGGCAAAAAAUAUGAUCUUCCGCGCCCUUAUUCAAUGACGCCGAAGCGUCAUGGUGUCGAUAUGCUCCCACGCAACUACUUCACUACUCCACAAAGAAAGCUAAUCGGCUACAUAAUAUUUUUCAUCCUAUUUUCUCUCGUGAUCUUGCAGUGUAUUCCAGAACAGGAACGGGACAAGGACUACGAAUUGGAUCUUGCUGAGGCUCCAGAAAUGAAACUGGUGAAGGAUAAUGACGUCGUAAAAAAAGGCAGUGCGAAAAGACCACUGGAUGACGACUACAGCGCGGACUACGACGACAUGCUGAACGAGCUCGAGGCGAAAAAAGCAAGCUCCAAUAACCCAAAAAACAGGGCCGCCAACGAGAAAGAGCUGAUGGACGAAUUAACGGAGGAUGACCUUAUUGACGACAGCGUGACAGUGUAA